UACGUAAGAGAGCAUAAGCGUGCUUACGCAGGUUUGUAGCUGCAGGCAUGAGACGUCUAUUGAGUUGGUGUACGUCAAAGAAUAUCAGUUAUAUUGUGAAAAAUAUCAAACCCAGCGUGUGCUCGACAACCCGCAAUCCACUGUUAUAUAUCUCGUCCUUCUGCAGAAAAUCUACUGUCAGCAGCGGCACAGGCAUGGAUCUGAGUAACAUGCGAAAGAGCUAUAAGAGCGACCAGGAGUGUUUUGAGGAGGAUCAGCUUGCAUCUCUUGAUCCAAUUAAGCAAUUUGGCAACUGGUUUGAUCAAGCCACUAAAUGCCCAGAGGUGGGCGAAGCUAAUGCAAUGUGUCUAUCAACAGCCACCAAGGAUGGACGCCCCUCUGCACGCAUGGUUCUUCUGAAAGGCUACAGCAAAGAAGGAUUUCGAUUCUUUACCAAUUAUGAGAGUCGGAAAGGUUCAGAGCUGGACAGCAAUCCCUAUGCCUGUCUUGUCUUUUACUGGGAACCACUGAACAGGCAGAUUCGCAUUGAAGGUACUGUAGAGAGAAUCCCAUAUGAAAGUUCAUGUGACUACUUCCACUCAAGGCCCAAGACCAGUCAGAUUGGGGCUGUUGUUAGCAGACAGAGCACAGUAAUACCAAGCAGACAAUACCUGAGAGAUAAGAAUGCAGAGCUUGAAGAAAAGUAUAAGGACACCGAGGUACCAAUGCCAGAUUACUGGGGUGGAUACAUGGUCAAGCCUUUCCUGAUUGAGUUCUGGCAGGGUCAGACAAAUAGAUUACAUGACCGUAUAGUGUUCUUGCGGCCCAAAGAGGGAGAGACCGAGCUGGGGGAUAUGCAGCACCAAGCAGAAGGGGGCUGGAUAUACCAACGGUUGUCCCCUUGAUAGAGCGAUUUGCUAUGGAAUCAUUGUCACCAACUGGCAUAUUAAUCCUGUCAUUACUUGGCCUCCAGAAUUUGGCAUUGACAUUGACUAGUGAAGACCCACCCUUUGCCAUUUUCUUCCUACAUGUGUACUGUCUAAAGCAAAACCAGGAGAUUUUGCUUUUGUUGAUAAUUGUAGACAUGAUUUUAUUAAAUCACAUGAAUGCAUUAAAAAUGGUGCUUAGUGUUUGUCGUUAAGCCUUCAAGACUGACCUCAACAUGUUCUUAAACUAUAACUUGUAAGUGCAAAUCACAAAUGUGAAAUAUUAGAAUUAUUUGUUAUAAAGGUGCCAAACAUAACUGUAAUAGCAUUGUCUAUGUGUCUGUUUACUGUAUUUCUAUGUAAGUUAGUGAUGUCUAGGUACCUGUUCUGUAAUAUCAUGUAAAAGUAGCCAAAUUUAUACCAGCAAUGGUCAUUGUGCUGUUUUGCCAGCAGAUGGCAGUAGCUUUAAAUUUGUGCCUUUUGCUCGUGAACUGUGUGCGCAAACAUUAAAUGAGCUUUUUUUUUUUAACACAAUUUAUCACAUCUCUGCAGUGUCAAUAAAACAACUUUAUUUAGCAUGUUUUAACAAUAGCCCAUUUAAAUGGCAAAAGACAAUAGACAAGUAUUGGUUAGACUACUAGGCAUAUUAAAGUUGUUUAUGGAGUACAGUUGUAUCUAGACAUAGCUCACGUGACGUGGGGGUGGAUAUGGCUGGCAGUGGUAAGCUGAUGAAAUCAGAGAUAAAGCCCAAUGUAAAACUGAAUGCGUAUCCUCGAGUUCAUUCUGUUUUAUGGUUGCAACCACAAAUAUAUAUAUAACAUAAACACACAGACUAAUUAUUAAUCAAUAGGCACAUCAGUCAAUAACUUACAAGCCAAAUAAUCUGUUUUUUCAGUUUAUGAUUAGUUCCUAUUAUUACGAUUAUGUACAUGCAUAAUUUAUGACCAUCCUCCAAAUGUAAAAAUAAAAAGAUAAUGGGAAUUUUAUUUGAAAAAAGACUUGUUGGGCAAAUAUUACAAUUCUUUCACUAUUUACUCACCCUCA